UACCAGCUAGAAACGGUGUGCGACAGGCAUACAUUUUAGUUUUGCUAGGCUGCUACCAUACGCUUCAACAGUCGAUCCCUGAAGACGUUGAAGAGAACAAAUAUGGAUGUGAAUUGUUUGAACGCCACCUAACCGUCCAAGAGAGGACAUGUACACCGUGUUUUCAGAACUGUCAAAAUAAAUCAAGAGCGGUGGGCAGACAAGGCGGCAUGACUGAGGAGAAAUGCCCUCAGCUGGUGGACUAUUUUGUGGUGGCGGGCCUGGUGGAAGGCUCGACCCCCAUGGACGACGAUGGAGGUGGACAGCAGAAGGGAGGAGGAGGAGGCGGCCGCUCGGUGGAGCCGGUGAUGGACGUGGUGGUGAUCGCGCGGGGGCUGGGCGAAGACGUGCCCGAGGGUUUCACCUGCAUCGAGAAGACUCAGGGGGGGCACCCGGCCGAGCUGAGCGCCGGCCUCAUCAACAACCCCCACAUGUUCCUGUGCUACCGCCGCGGCCAUGACAAGCCCCCCAUCGUGGAGCUGGGAGUACUUUAUGAGGGAAAGGACCCCUCCAAGUCUGGCUGGGAGGUCAUCGACCACACGCCGUACGGUCGCUCUGCCAGCCUGAGCACGGGUAGCCCCACCACUCACCGCACGUUCCUCACGUACCGCCGGGCACCGGACUCGCAGGCCCUGAACACACUGGGCGUCACCGACAUCUCGCUGCUCAUGCCCAGCAAAGGGGAGGUGGCGCCGCACACCUUCUGCAGAGUGGACAAGAAUCUGAACACGGGCAUGUGGGGUCCAGCGUUAUACCUGUGUUACAAGAGAGCUGUUGCCAAAGCCAACGCUCUGGUCUAUGAGGCAGGUCUAAUUAACCGAUACCCAGAGGAGGACCUGGAAUCCUUCCCUCUACCGGACUCGGUGCCGAUGUUCUGUUUGCCCAUGGGUGUGACUGUAGAGAGCUGGCCCCUCAACACCAAGUACCAGCUCCCGGUCUUCUCCACGUUCGUCCUCACCAGUGCCUCUGGAGACAAGGUGUACGGCGCGGCCAUCCAGUUCUACGAGGCGUACCCGCGGGAGGCUCUGUCGGAGCGCCAGCGGGUGAGGCUGGGCCUGGUGAGCGUGGUGGACCGGCGGCCCAUCACCAGCCGCUCGGUGCAGGUCAAGAAGAGCGUGUGCGUGCUCUCCCACUGGCCCUUCUUCACCGUCUUCCAGAAGUUUCUUACCUUCGUCUACCGUUACUCCAUCUCAGGCCCUCACGUGCUGCCCCUGGAAAAGCACAUCUCAAGCUUCAUGCACAACGUGCCCUUCCCCUCCCCCCAGCGGCCCCGUAUCCUUGUGCAGCUGUCCCCUUAUGACAACCUUCUACUGUGCCAACCAGUCUCAUCUCCCCUCCCUCUCAGUGGUGCCAGUUUCCUGAAGCUGCUGCAGAACCUGGGCCCGGAGAACGCCUGCACUCUGCUACUGGCUGUUCUCACCGAGCACAAGCUGCUGCUGCACUCGCUGCGGCCAGACGUGCUCACCUCCGUCGCCGAGGCCCUGGUGUCUAUGACGUUCCCUCUGCGCUGGCACUGCCCCUACAUCCCGCUGUGCCCACUGCGACUGGCCGACGUGCUCAAUGCCCCCAUGCCCUUCAUCGUAGGGGUGCACUCCAGCUACUUUGACCUCUACGACCCCCCCUCUGAUGUGGUGUGUGUGGACCUGGACACCAACACCAUAUUCCAAUUGGAAGAUAAAAAGCCUCUGUCAUGGAGAUCACUUCCAAGGAAACAUGGGAAGAUGUUGCUCAACUCGCUCACCAACUUGAACAAGACCUUAGAGAAGAUCUGUACUCCGGGCCAGGAGGAGGCCACGCUCGAGUUCCUGCUGACGGACUACGACCUGAUCUACGGGCGGCAGAAGCAGCUGGAGCUGGAGAUCCAGGAGGCGUUCUUGCGCUUCAUGAGCUGCCUGCUCAAGGGCUACCGCACCUACCUGCUGCCCAUCACGCAGGCCCCAUCUGACCGCACCACCGACUGCAGCUCCCUCUUCAACCUACAGGGGUUUCUGAAGUCUCGAGACCGCACACAGCAGAAGUUUUAUAACCAGCUUACUAGGACCCAGAUGUUCACCCAGUUCAUAGAGGAGUGCUCAUUCGUCAGUGACCGCCACGCCAGUCUGGAGUUCUUCGAUGAGUGUGUACAAAAGGUGGAUGUGGAGAAACCGGAGGAGGUGCAUCUGGUGGACCUGGAUGAGACCCACAGUGGGGAGCACACGGUCUUCAUCAUGCCCCCAGAGGAGCCUCAGGAGGCGGAUGGCUCCGAGUGCCAGGCCCAUUACAGCUAUGAGACGUUUCCCAUCCUGCAGCCAGAGCUGUUUGACCGGCCGCACGACCAGCUGCGUGUCCCAACCAAAGGCAGUGCCCCCAGCAGCCCCGCGCCACGCCGCACCAAACAGGAGAUCAAGCUGGCCCAGAAGCGGGCGCAGAAGUACUCUUCGGUGCCCGAUAUGUGGUCCAAGUGCCUGCUGGGUCACUGCUACGGCCUCUGGUUCAUCUACCUGCCCACCUUUGUCCGUGCGGAGAGCACCAAGGUGCGCACCCUGCAUACCGCCUACGAGGUGCUCAAGCACAUGGAGACGCGCAAGGUGGUGCUGCCUGACGAGGUGUGUUAUCGGAUCCUGAUGCAGCUGUGUGGACAGUACGGUCAGCCUGUACUCGCAGUGCGGGUGCUCCUGGAGAUGAAGAAGGCCGGCAUAACGCCCAACACCAUCACCUAUGGCUACUACAACAAGGCUGUCUUGGAGAGUAAGUGGCCCUCUACCAGUCAGGGGGGCCGUCUGCGCUGGGCAAAGUUGCGCAACGUGGUAAUGGCAGUGGCACAGUUCAGACAGCCAAUCAAACACCGGCAGAAGAGUGACUCUGUGAGCUCCAGAUCAGAUGUCAUCCUCUCUAAGCCCCGUCCCCACUCUGCUCUGGUUCGCCAGAACAGCUGGAGCGGCUUGAGUGAAAGCUCCAGCCACGAAUCAUUGACCAGCUUGCUCACCAAGAGCAACAGCCUCAGCAGCAUGCGCUCCUCCACUGACCCAGAGGUCAAGUUGACCAAGAAAGCGUUGAUCCGGAACACCAUCGGUGCGGACGACCCUGCGUCCCGCAAACCUCCCGCCGGACCGCCAGAGGUCCCCGCAGGGCUGCCUCCGUCUGGGGUCCUCGUGAAGCGCAGUCAGGUGUGCCUGUCCACCUUCUACAAGGACUGCGCUGAGACGCCCGAGGCCGACCCACACUGCAGGUGCCAGCCUGGGGAGAGGGAGAGCAGGUCGACGGAUGCCAGAGAUAGCUUGAGCAGAAAGACGCUGGACGAGAACUACAACCAUGUGGCGUCGCCGAGCCGCGGCCUGGCAGGGAAGCUGCAGCAGCUGCUCACGCCCACGCGCCACCGGGCGUUCGUGCGGCGGGCGGCCAGUGUGGACGAGCGGCGGCCAGGAGGAGGCAGCGGCUCCGGACCGGGGAACAAGGCGGCCGAGCGGAGGCAGGCCCGCAAGGCGCAGGUCACCGAGACCCUGCUCAGGGCCAAGGAGCGGCUGGUCAAUGCCACCUCUGAGAGUUCACUGUCUGUCGGAAGUGACAUUGACCUGACAGAGCCGCCCGGUCUGAACUUUCCGCUGAGGAAAUCCUGGGACCCCACACCAGAGGGAGCUGGACUGGAGGUGUUGAUGUCAAGCUGCUCUCUGUGUCGGAGCUGCAACUCCCUGGUGUACGACGAGGAGAUCAUGGCGGGCUGGACGUCUGAUGAUUCCAACCUGAACUCCAGCUGCCCGUUCUGCUCGGCCACCUUCGUUCCGCUGCUCAAUGCGGAGAUCUGCGACCUGGGCCCCGUCAGCAGCUCAGAGAGGAGCACCUUGAACGCCGAGGAUGAGGUGGAGAGCGCCAUGAGGCCCCCUGGUGGUCAAGAGGGCUCAGAGCGCCCGCUGCCCAACGGCCUGAGUGACGACUCCAGCUCGGAGACCAGCGGCUACUCAGAGAGCAGCAGCAGCAACACCACCAGCGGCCUGUCUGUGAGCGGACCUCCGCUGGUGACGGUGGCCUACCUGAGCCCGCUGGUGCUGCGCAAGGAGCUGGAGAGCCUGCUGGAGAACGAGGGCGAGGCCGUGCUCUCGCAGCCACAGCUGCUGGAUAGCCACUCCAUCAUCUUCUGGAACCUGGUCUGGUACUUUCAGCGCCUGGGCCUGCCCAGCAACCUGCUGCAGCUCGUCCGCUCCUCACAGCUCGCCGCACACAUCACGCAGAGUAUAGAGAACCCUGCAGUGCGCGUCAGGCUUCUCUGGGACACUCUGACGCCAGAUACAGACUUCUGGCCUCCGCUCUACGUCGUCUGGAGAAUACACAGCGGUGUCCGCAUGCUGCGGAACCACAGCUGGCGUAGGCACAACCACCCCUUCACCCUCAGCUUCCUGGAGGAAGUGCUACGCUGGGUCGGCAUGAACGAGGUACACAAGGCGGUCACCCUGUUACUGGAUACCAUCGGCAAGCAACCGGGCAACCCUCGGAUCCAGAGGAGUUUGUACAGAGAGAUCCUGUUCCUGACCCUGGCUGCUAUGGGAAAAGAUCAUGUCGCGGCGUUCGAUAAGAAGUACAAGACGGCCUACUCUCGGCUGAGCGGCUCUGUGGGCCGGGACGAGCUGCGACGGAAGCGGGCACAGCCGCCCAGUCCCAAAGCCGUGGACUGCCGACGCUGCUUUCUGUUUCCUCUUGAGUGCUGACGACUCCCUCCCGCACACUCUCUCCUCUUCCUCCUCCUCACCAGGGCCUGCUAGACCUCUCCCUCAUCACCAUCACCAUGACUACCACUUCAACAUGAAGGCCCUCACCUUGCCCCUGCAGAUUUGCCUGGUUUUGCCUAAACACCUCAGUGUGUUUUUCAGAGACGGCAACACCACACUUAGUCUUGGCCAAACUCUAAACAGCUUACCUUGCUGCUGCCAGUACAACUGAAUAGGAAUUAGAAUGACAACUGGCUUUUCCCAUUGCGAUCUCUCGGCUUUGCCUGGCCAUCAGUGUGGGAGAUUGUCCUUGUCACAACAAGAACAUAACCGUUGCCAGGCUUGUAGAAUCUUUGGAAGUGAUGCCAUUGUUUGUUGUCAUUCUUUGGAUUACAGAGGGAUUACAGUUGACUAGACUAGCUUUAUAGGUGUCAGGUUAGCAGUUGCCAUGUUUUGGCUAUGGUCAGGCAAAGUAUAGGCAUAGCUUAUCGGUCUCUCACACCUGAGUUCCUUAAAUGUAGUCUUGUGCUGCCUUGUAUUUCUGCCCUGAAGCAUUCUGCGGACUCUUCUCGUGUGGGCUUGUGCUUCAGACACAAUCCUAAACUAUGCACCUCAUAUGGACAUCAAACACGCGUUGCAUUGCCUUCAAAGUAGAACCUGUUAUCUACUUAAGGACAAACAGUGGCCGGGCAGUUGGACCUCAUGUGUCCUUGGUCAGUUCCAAAAGGGGUGGAACGUGCUAUUAGCACACUGUGAAGGGCAAGGGCUUCAGCAACAAUUUGUUCUCUAAUUUCUUUUCACCUUUUUUACCCUCAUCUUUUUGAACCCCAGUCCCACCUUUUGUUGCCAUCCUAGCCUUUUGCCAGGAGAAAACAAGACACAACGGCUUGUGUGUGUGGAGUUCAGGCUGUCGGCUGCAUCCUUGAGGAGGCCCUGGGGAGAGGAGGUCUAAAUUGAUAAUACAGUACAGGGACAAUUUGAACCAGACUCUUAUUAAUGACCCUCAGUUCAGACUGGAGAGAAACACUGACAGCCCCUGAGGAAGGGAACGGGGAUGCUUCCUUCACAGGGCAGAGGAGAGGCCCAUGUCCAGAGUUUGGUGUGGACCAGGUCACUGAAGCAGAGGAAACCGUGAGGAAGGAGGCGAUGCUCCAUGGUCGGACAAAAAGGUCGGGUAUAGAUCAGCACUCGGUGUGACCUCAAACCAAGAGACCUCUCUCUCUCUCUCGCAUGCACGCACACACACACACACACACACACACACACACACACACACACACACACACUUAAAGAGGACUGCUAGAUUUUAUUUUAUUUUUUUGCAUUGUUUGGUUGCCUGUCGGUCGGUUUGACUAUGACGUGGGACAGGAGUGUUGACUGGUCAUUCAGACACUGCUUUGCUCACAGCGAUACAGAAGACAACUGACAAAAAAGGCAAAGAGAGGGGGAAGAAAACUUGGCUGAGGCAUACUAUCACACCUGUCAAUGUCACCUACAACUUUGUCUCCCGUGGCAUUAUGCAUAUUUUUGCCUUGUUCUACUGGUAUAGUACUCAUGGUAAACAUGUGUGAUAUAUAUUUGUCUUAUACCUAUCUCUGUGUGUGUGUUUCUCUUUUUUUUUUUUUUUGACAGCAUAAAGGGAAAACCACAUUUCCACUGCACUGCUUUUAAUGCUAGAGAAUUCUAGAAUUCUCACCACUGUGACUGUCGUUGGACUGUAUUGUUUUUAAUCCGCUGGGCUUACCCAAAUAGGCAUCUCAGCAGCUACAUUCACUUGUAUGUGUCUAGACUGUAUGUGGGAAGCACCUUAGGAUCAAAUCUACUCCAAGCCACUCAGAACUCAGAACUUGCACGUGUUCCAGAAUGCACCUGCACCUCAUGGUCAAUACUAGAACCUUUUGCUGGGCUUAAUGCAGUGGAUAAGCGUGCCAGUCUUUUUUGUUUUGUUUUGUUUUUUGGCACUGACUUGUAAUAAGAUUUUAACAUUAUUAUUUUUCAGUGCUCUUUUUAGAUGCCUACAUCUAUAUGUUAUUGAUAUUGUGUCUGUUUCCUCCACAUAUAAAUCAACCCAGCACUAGCUUGAACAGCAGCAAUGACUGAUUAACUUUAUUCAUUAUUUGAAUAAAGUUUACGUUUUACUGUUGGCUAGGGAUGUUGAGAGGAGGAAACUCACAGGUUGACUUUCUCCAUAUGUUGGUCUGGACUACAUAACCCAUAAUAUUUUGAGCCUAAUUGUCAUCUUAUUAGUGAACACACUAAAUUAGAUGUGUAAGGAAUAUGUCAUUUCAGUACCACAGUUGAAAGCUAAAUAACCAUAGUGAAUAUGUUUAUUGUCACAGCAUUUUCCAUAGAGGAGCCCAGCAGCAAGUGCACAUCUCCAUGUUUGGACAUUGAGAAUGAUGUUGAGAAGUUUGAUACCCUCUUUUUUUUACUGUGGUUUUAUUGCUCUAGGGAAAAAACAAAGCUGUGAUUUGUGAUUUUGUUUGUUUCUGAAUAAUGUUUAAUGGGAAUUGGGAGGAAAUGAUAUUCAUUACACUUUAUUUUAGUCUUAAAUUGAGCAAAUUAGCAUAUUGUUAUGGCACUGAUACACCAUUAUAUAUAUUAUACUUGUUGUAAAGAGAAGAUCACAGGUAAGAACCUUGAUCUUGUACUAUUGCAAAUAUAUAGUUUGUUUCCUUCCUCAACCCACCCCAAUGCAAAAUUUGCCAAGUCGAACAAACUGCAAUAAAUGGUCAUGACCAGCAGAGGGCGGACUAUGCCAAAGGGAGCUUAGAUCAUGCAUGGGAAAAUGCCACUGUGUUUGCUUUGAUGCAAUGGACUGGAUACUUGUCCAUAAGUUGAUACUUGUCCAUUGGAUACUUGUAAGAGGUAAUGACUUCCAGUGUCAGUUUUUAUUUUUUAUGGUUAAAAGAUCAAAAUGAAGUAAAGAGAGCUGUAUUUAAAGUU